AUGGUAUUACCACAGCUGAUCACAGUAGUCGGGGUGUACAGUACUGUCUGCUGGUUGUACGACAAUUUGCGUACACCGGUAUUGCUUCUGUUGAAAAGUUUCAAACGACUCUUUCUCGGUGACCAACAAUCUUUAUCCCAAACGUACGGACCAUGGGCAGUAAUUACCGGUAGCUCGGAUGGAAUCGGUAAAGGUUAUGCCCAUUAUUUGGCCAGCCAAGGCAUGAAGGUGUUGCUCAUCGCUCGCAAUGAAGCAAAGUUGAAACGUGUAGCAGAGGAAAUUACCGCGAAAUAUGGUACGGAGACCAAAACACUGGUGGCCGAUUUUUCACAUGGAGAACAGAUCUAUGAACGGCUCGAGAAGGAACUGAGUGCGUUAGAUAUCGGUAUCUUAGUUAAUAACGUGGGCGUUAUCAACGAAAAGCCCAUCCAGUUGGAACGAAUGGAAAAACGUUUGCUGUGGGAUCUAAUCAAUAUUAAUGUCGGGGCCGCAACGCUCCUGUGCAACAUUGCACUGCCAGCAAUGAAAAAGCGCCACCGUGGACUUAUCAUAAACAUUUCUUCCUUAUCAUCGCUCGCCCCUACACCUUAUCUGGCGGUAUAUGCAGCAUCGAAGGCUUACAUGACAAGCUUUUCCUUAGCAUUGCGCGAAGAGGUUGCCCCGUACGGGAUCGAAUGUCAAACCGUUUCACCCGGAUACGUGCACACGAGUAUGACCGAGUAUCUAACACCCACCGAUGGAAAGAAAAACUCUUUCUCGAUACGACUCGUAAAGGUGAGCGAUGUGAUACGGUACGCUGGGUACUGCAUUGGCAAAGUUGACCAAACCACCGGCCAUUGGUCGCACGGUGUACAGACCGCUACGCUCAACAUUCUUCCUGCUUCACUGAGGUUACGGGUGUUUACCCGUCUUUACACGCAGCUCCUGCACGAAUAUUCCGACACGGACAAGAAGUUUACGUGA